ACAACAAGUCAAAAAAUCUUCUCGUUGCAUCAGAUAAUCAUGCCUUUCGAACCCGACUCACUGCCGCACGAGGUCGAACUUCCCAAUCGUAAGUUUGGGAAGCUUCCCAAUCGCACUUUGUUGUCCGCAUCGAACAGAAUUAAAUGCAUUCUUUCAAUUGAUUAUGGUACCACCUAUACUGGCAUCAGCUAUGUCUUCUCCAACGAGUCCGAACUGAAUGAUAUUGCCACUGUGCAAACAUGGCCAGGAGAUGGCAGAGACAGAGACUUCGAGUGGAAGACUCCUACUGUCAUUGCUUAUGGAAGCGAGAACAACUUCCAAGGAGUUAAAUGGGGUUUCAUGGUGGAGCCAGGAAUGAAGUCUUACUCUUGGACAAAACUUUUGCUUGACAAGAAUGCGCCCAAAGGCAAAUACGAUGACCCGACUCUGACAAACAUUGUCAGAAAAGGCAUGAUGGAACUACCCAAGGGCAAGUCUGCUCAACAAGUCUGCGAGGACUACCUUCGCGAGGUUCGCAAUUUUGUCUUUGCUCGACUCGACAAGGAAAAUGGGGCAGACUUCAUGAAGCUUACUCCUAUGGAAUGUUGGAUUACCGUGCCUGCUACUUGGCUAGACGAAGCACAAGAUGCAACCCGAGAAGCAGCCAAAGGCGCUGGUUUUGCGUCUCGCUCAAUGGACUCAAUCAAUGUUAUACCGGAGCCAGAAGCUGCUGCAAUCUGUGCUCUCAAGAAACUCACAGCACCAGGUGCCCCAGAUUCUUUAAAGGCUGGCGAGGACAUCAUGAUCUGCGAUUGUGGUGGUGGGACAGUGGAUUUAACCACUUACUCUGUCACUGCGACUUAUCCACUGCUGGACUUCGAGGAGCUUGUGGUGGGAGAAGGUGGAAAGUGCGGAGCUACAUACAUCGACCGCAAUUUACACACUCUCAUGACUACUCGUUUCGGUGAGUCAUUCAAGAAAUUGGACCCGAAGAAGACCGGCCCAGGAAGCAAGUUCAUGCAGUCUUUUGAGCGAGUCAAGAGAGACUUUCCAAAGGGCUUUGAUAAAGAAAAGGGGAUCGGGCCGCUGAAGCUGGUUUCCAAAAAUCCCGCGCACUACGAUGACGACGAUGGAACCGUGAAGCUUUCUCUGGCUGAUAUGCAGUCGCUGUUUGAUCCUGUCAUCAGCCAAGUCAUAGCUCUGGUGAAAGCUCAAGUCCAAGAAGCUUCAAAACUCAAUCAUGACAUCGAUCGCAUCGUUCUCGUCGGCGGAUUCGGUGAUUCUCCUUACCUGUUCGAGAAGCUCGGAGCGUGGUGCAAGACCAAUGGAGGCAUCAAGCUCAUAUGUCCACCCGCACCUCAAGCGGCCAUCGCGAGAGGCGCAGCGCUACGAGGCCUUGCAGGUACCGCGCCAUCGCUGAAGAAGCAACGGCGUCACUACGGCUAUGAGGUAGGCAGAACUUUUGACGAAGGAGUUGACGACGCUACCAAAGCCUACAUCGACCCUUUUCUCGAUCAAGAAGACCAGAGGCGUAUCCAGGAAAUGGUCUGGAAGAUUGCAAAGGGCGAGAAUGUCACAACCAAGACAGUUCGAAGUCAAUCGCUAUAUUUCACCCACAAAGAAGGAUCGAGCAGUUUCACCCAAACUGUCGAGCUCUACAGCUGCAAUCUCGACACAGCCCCUCUCUCGGUGGAACACGAGCGCGUAGUCCAAGUCGGAGAGAUCAAAGUCGACUACUCUGAGGUUGAUUUAAACACACUUGAGUCCACUUACAAAGACGGAAAGAAAUGCUAUAAAAUGGAGUUUGACGUCAGGAUUGAAUUUGGUGCUGUGAAAGGUAUUCUAGUUUUCUCUAGCUGGAUUGGGAAAAGGCAGGUUGGGACGGCGAGUCUUUCCUUUGCCAAGUAG